CAUUUAUUGUCAUUUUAUGAAUAGUGUUCACAAGUAAAUUUGUAAAAUUAAUAUGUCAUCCAAUGGUGACAAUGGGACUGAUGUGAAAACUACAUCGGGUGUAGUGAGGGGUCAGACAAUACAAGUGCUCAAUACAAAUGUGUUUCAAUUUUUGGGUAUACCUUACGCCGAACCCCCAGUGGGUACUCUUAGGUUCGCAAAACCACAACCAAUUAAAAAGCCAUCAGAAAAUAUAAUAGAUGCAACUAAGUAUGGCAAUGGGUGUAUGCAAAAAGAAUCGGGGGUUCCGGGAAUGAGUUCACCCAGUAAUCAAAGUGAGGACUGUUUGGUACUAAACAUAUGGACACCUAAUGUGCGAAACAAUGAGCAGUUAUCCGAAGCACCGGCACUAAAACCAGUCAUGUUUUGGAUUCACGGCGGGGGUCUGAGAUGGGGGUCGAGUGAUAUGUAUGGUGGCGGACCACUAGUCACAUAUGAUGUGGUGUUUGUGUCCAUAAACUAUAGAUUAGCUCACUUUGGCUUCUUAUACGGGGAUCGGGAGGACGCGCCUGGAAAUCAA